GCGUUAGGGCGGACAGAGCGCACAGCGCAGCCAGACAGACAGACAACCAAUCACCCGCAGAUCCGCAGAGAGCGCACCAUGGCAGAGGAUCAGCGCAAACUGAUUAGCGCACGCGUCAUUGGAGGCGUCCGCAGGGACACACCAAAACUCAAGACGUUCAUGGUUUCUGGGAUUUGGUCUGAUGGAAGUGAAAUCAUCAUCUACAGAUCCUUCAAGGACUUCAAGAAAUUCCAUGAUCAGCUAAAAAAACAGUUCCCAAAUCUGACUCCUUUCCGGAAGGAAGACAGAAUGCUCCCGAAGUUUAAUGGGAAAGCCAGGAGAAGCCUCAAGCAGAAAGGUUCCAAAAAGUCGGUCAAACAGAUGGAGUUCCUGGAGAGCUACUGUGACAAGCUGCUCAAAUGUGAUCCAAACGUGACCCAAAGCUCUGAGGUGACCCGCUUCUUCACCCCAAAGGACCAGGACCUGCAGCCGGACUUCACCAAGAACUCGGUCAUGAUCAUGGUGUCCGACGACGUUCACAAUGGCGAGCAGGCCGGUUCUCGGCAGUUUGGAGGAAACGUCACUCACCCCUUUGUCACGCAGACCUACCGCUGCGUGGCUCCUUAUGAGACUAGAGACACGAAGAACCGCCCGUUCAAGGUGGCCGUGGACGAGAAGCUGGACGUUCUGAUCAAAGAUCCUGCAGGCUGGUGGCUGGUGGAGAGCGAGAAUAAGCGCUUGGCUUGGUUUCCUGCGCCAUACCUGGAGGUGCUGGAUGGGGAAGACGAGGAUGAUGAAGGAAAUUUGGGGGGUUCUUUGUACUGUGCUGUGAGGAGUUACUCCACCAAGAAAAAUGAUGAAGUGCCUUUGUCCAUUGGCUCUGUGGUGGAGGUGUUGAGGAAGUCUGACGACGGCUGGUGGCUCAUCAGAUUCAAUGGAAAAGUUGGCUACAUUCCUGCCAUGUACCUUCAGCCAUACAACAACCCCAGGACAGGCCUCCACGGCCAGCACAACAAGAUCCAUACCUCCACCUUGAACCUGUCAACCAUGAAGGAUCAGCAGGUUCCACCCAGCAUCCCAAGGCGGGACUCCCCAAGGCAAUCCAGCCUGGACUCCAGUGUUCCUGCACGUGUCCACAAAGCCAAGUCGCUGGAUGUCCUCUCAGAGCCCUGGCUGCAGGCGGAGGAGGAAGCCUCCACACCCGACAGUCGCACUCGCAGCAUGAGCGGCAUCAGCAACGAGUCCAUGUUCUCCGACUUUUCCUCCAGCAGCGAUUCCUCCACAAGCCUGAGAGAAGAGGCGCAAGGGGACGCCCCUCGCCUGCAGGAGGACAGCCAGAGUUCGGGUGAAGCCGCCUCCGAUCGUCGAAGCACCAACAGCUCUGGGUUUGACGAGUCCACCGGGCCCAGAGUUCCUCCCAGACCCAAGGCGGAGGAGAUCCUCACACGCUGCACCACCAUGACACGCAAGGCGGCUCUGGCCACCAAGACCCGGCUUCAGAUCCAACCGGAGCCCAUUUACAGCCGCUAAGCCAAGAAAAUCCGAUGAACUGGAGACUCUCCUCUAUUUCUGAAAACCAUUUGAAUCAGUGCACAAUCAGUUAUAUCUGCACCGCCAUUGAUUGAUUGAUUGAUUGAUUGAAAAUCGUCCAAGAGAUUGGAGCCAGGCUGAGCGGUCCUCUUUAAAUCAAUGCUGAGAAAUGUUUCUUUUUUUCAAACACAGAUUGGCAUUUCGAGUUUUUAUGUUGUAGCUUCAGUGAAGCAUCGAAAAUCCACAUGAAAAAAAAAACAUUUCUUCAGAAAUAUCUGUCAACUUCCCUGAAACGAAAUGUGGAAAAGUUGGAGAUGGAAAAUGUUCCUCUGACUGCAUAUUUUGUUGUUCUUCAAAGAAAGCAAUGAUUCGGUUUGACAUUUUCUUCUUACCUAAAUAUUUGACUGUAUCUUACAUAUAAAUGUACGCUGUGUUUAAACAGUUUUAUGAUGUUGCACAUAAAUGCAGGUCAGCCAGUCGUCUGCUGAAAAAAAAGGACAACCUGACAAGGAAAGAGCGUCCCACAGAUGUCUGCUUGCUGUAUAGUCUCAUGUUCUGAUGACGUUUGUUAUUUUCCUCUGUUAUUUCUUUGAUGCUGUCCAGAAUUAUUGCCUGAAAGAGUUUACAAUGUGGCGUGAAAAGGUCAAUAAAAUCUAUAUGAACUGA